AAGUUUUGAUCACUAAAGCUAAUUUGGUUUAGCUAACAUAGUUAGCCUGUUUAUCAAUUUGUUCAGCCAAUUAGCUUAUUGAAUAAUAUUGUAGGCCUCUUUAUUGAAUUGGACUGGUAACGACUAUUUUUCUAAUUCAAUCUUCGAUUGAAUCGAUUUACUCUAGUAGAGUAACCUAAAGCUAAUUUGGUUAGCGUAGGCUGGUCCUUGAAUUUAUUGUUUUCUGUUUACUAACCAACUGUAGUUAGAAUAGCCUUACUCGGAUUCGAAAAUUGAGUUUUUUCAAAACUUUAGGCUAGAGUUCUACUUAAAUCUAGCUAGCUAUUCUAGACUGUCUAAUGCCAUCACGGAGCAGCAGGCGCCGAGCCUCUGGGCAGAGGAGAUGGUCUCUCUGGUGUUUUGCAGGUGCUGAUGUGAAGGAGACGGUGGACAUGGGGACGCAGACGGAGUGUCCGACCGUGGAGGUGGCCACCCAGGCGGACGGACCCGAGACGGCAGAGGCGACCACUCAGGCAGGUUGGGUGACAGCCGAGGCCAGCACUCAGGCUGCUUGUGGAACGGCCGAGGCCGGUAUACAGGCAGUGAGAGUAAUGGCCGAAGCUGGAUGUCAAUCUGUCUGGGCAACCAGCGAGGCCUCUGUCCAGGCGGCGAGGGUAACUGCUGACGCUGACACCCAGGUGGACUCCACGGACGCGACCCCUUUGCUUGAUGCUGAGCUACCAGGAGCAUCUGUCCAGAGGACAACUGGUGUUGCUCCAGACGCCGACUGGACAGUCCAGAACAUGAACCAGACGACUGCUUUUGAGUAUUCAGAGUUCUUCCGCAACGGCCAGAUGUGGGUGGAGGUGAAGCUCAGGUGUGAGGAGAGGCGUGAGGGCCCGUACCUCAGGCAGUACUGGUACCUCAUCAACAACUGUUCCCAAGAGACAGCAGAGGGAUUCCUGCCCUACGCCAACGGAGAGCUGCUCACUUACAUUGAGUGGUACUGUGGGAGCAUCACUGCGGUGUACUCACACAUCCACACACAGAUGACCACAGUUAUGGACAUAGGAGGACACCUGUACGGCGAGACAUCGACCAGCUGCAGGGGUCUGUCCAUGGACGCUGCUGGAACCUGGACUCGCCUGGAGAGGACCGACACUCUCCGGAUGCCCCUGGACCAGUUCUUCACUCCUCAGCCGGACCCAGAUGACGACUCUGCUGGCCUCUUGGAAAUCGACUGGUCCUCUCCUGGUCCUGAUCCUGACGCUGAUGGAUUCAACGACGCUGAUGGGUUCAACGACGCUGAUGGGUUCGACGCUGAUGGUUUCGAUGCUGAUGGAUUCGACGCUGAUGGUUUCAACGCUGCCGAUGACGAGGAUGCUGAUGGAUUCGACGGUGAUGAUGCUGCAGAUGACGAUGCUGGAUUCGACGCUGCUGAUGAUGCCGUUGGAUUGGACACUGGAUUCGACGCUGCUGAUGGAUUGGAGGACGCUGCUGCUGUCGGCUCUCCUGCUCCUGGUCCUCGCGCUGCUGGUACUGAUGCUGCUGCUGUUACUGAUGCUGCUGCUGGUACUGAUGCUGCUGCUGACAACUCUACGGCCCCUGGAUUCGACGAUGCUGCUGGUUGGUCUGGUGCUCUCUCUGCUGCUGCCUCCGUUGCUAGCCAGGUUCCCUCUGUGUACUACCUCUUCCAGUCCACCGGUCUGGGGGACUUCCCCCUGAGGCUUGCUGGACUGAGGGACGCCUUCGCUGUCUUGCUUGAGCAGCCAGAGACAGCCAACUUCAUCGCCGUGACAGGGUCCAUGCUUCUGAAGAACUUGGCCACCCUCAAUGGAAAGGAUGCUGGUGCAACUCAACAGGCCUUUGACGAGGUGGUGGCCUUCGCCCAGACACUGACUCCCACCAUCACCACUGAGCUCUUGGAGGUUGGGAUCCACCAGUUCAACCUCCUGGAUGUGGUCUUCGAGCUGCUGCUGUUCAGAAACCUAGAGUUGGCGUAUGUGCGGCUGGUCCCUCAGGCACAGGGCGGGUUCCUGGAUCAUCUGGCAACAGUGGUCCAGUCCCUCCUGCCCUCUGAGGCGUGGCCACCCCAGGCAGCCCAGUGCUGGGAGCUCCUGCAGUCUGAGGCAAUCUCCUUCGUGUUGGAGAUCCUGUCCCUGGACGUGUCAGCGUACCACCAGCCCCAGCACCUGGCCCAGAGGGUCUUCAGCAGCCUGGAGCGCCGCAUCGACCAGCUGCUGAGCGUGAUGCCCUCUGGCUAAUAUCCCUUUCCCUCUUUAGUUUCGGUUUUGAAGGGUUUAGUUACUUAGGCUUAGUGGGGUUUAGAUUUUAGUGAGCAAAACUUAGUACUUACUACUGUAUGGGUUUAGUUUCCUAAUGCGUAGAAGGGUUUCAGUCUAGUGCUUAGUAUAAAUGGGUCAACUAAUUGCGUAGUAAGGUAGGGUUGAGGUGUAAGAAUGAGGGUUUUGCUUUUAGGUUUUGGUUCUAUGAUUAAUAUGGGCAUUUAGUUUUUAGUGUUUCAGAGGGUUAGGACAUUUGUAUGGUAUAGUCUGGGUUUGAACUAGUUUAAAGUUUUCAUCUUUACCAAGGUUUAGUACUUAGUUUGGUUAAUUAUGACUGCAAAGUAGGAUUUCAUUGUAGUAUAAUGGACGGUUAUUUUGAACGGUUAGUUUUCUCGUGUUUAGUGGGUUAGUGGAUGGAUUAGCUGUAGUUUUGAUUGAGGGUUAAUGUUUACAGUUGAAGGGUUUGAUUAUGUUUAAUCCAUAAGGGUUUAAGCUUUUUUUAAGGUCUUAUUGAGUAUAACUGAGUAUUCGAGGGUUUAUUUGCUGUAAAUGUGGAUAUCUUAUAGCAAUUUUAGGGUCUAUUUUUUUAGUGUAUGGUUUUUGCACAUAUCCGGGUUUCCUUGUAGUGAUUUCUUAUGUUAAAGGACAAGCACACUAUUUUGAACAUUAAGCCCCUUUUAGUAUUUCUCUGCAAUGUUCUAUAGCACCCCCUCUCAUUGUUUUUAUUUAAAAAAAAAAAAAAAAAAACGUUUGCUGCCGUUUCCAUUAUUUGGCUAUUUUGGAUUUUGUGUCAAUUGGCUUUACAAUGGCCGUCUAUGGGCAUGUCCAAAUGUGUUCUUAAAUACCACCCUAAACAUUUGUUUUCAAAGUAUGCAUCUCACUGGGUGGUAGAGGUGUUCACUGGCAUUCCCUAAGAAGUUUGAAGGGGAAGUACGGCUUCUGUCAUUUAUUUCCCAUUUUGUGAAUGAAAGAAAAUAAUGUAUUUACUUAAUGCUAUAUGUAAAACAUCACAAACGCCAUGAUAUUUUACUACGAAAAUUGUUAUGGAAAACCGGUAAAUACCCCUGAACACUUAAUGAGUUACAUACCGGUAUUCUUGAAAAAAGAAAAUGUUUGUGUGGUUUUAAGAACAGAUUUUGACAUUUCCAUAGACAGC